UAUGGCGAGCAAAGAGCGAAGUUCUAGUCGAGCAAUGCCUGCAAGACAAAGGAUUGAAUCUGUCAAUUUGGAAGGUUUGGUUGUUCUUAAGAUAAUUCAACAUUGUCAGGAAGAAGGGGCAGAAGGUGAUGUUGUUCAAGGAGUGUUGUUGGGUUUGGUUGAAGGAAGUAAACUUGAAAUUACAAACUGUUUUCCCUUCUCUCAAAACUCUGAAGAAAAUGAUGAAGAGGAUAUCUAUUAUCAAAUGGAAAUGAUGAGAAACUUAAGAUCAGUAAAUAUUGACCAUUUACAUGUUGGUUGGUAUCAAUCCAUUUACCUUGGAGCCUUUGUCAAUAAAAACCUGCUUGACUCGCAAUAUGGUUACCAGAACUCUAUCUCAGAAUCUGUGGUACUAGUAUAUGAUCCAUUAAAGACUUCACAAGGUAUAUUGUCAUUCCGAGCGCUUCGACUUUCCCAAAAAAUGAUGGAUUUGUAUUCAGAAAAAGAAUUCACUCCUAGCAGUUUAAACAAAGUUGGUAUGAAACAUGAUGAAAUGUUUGAAGAGAUACCAUUGGUGAUAAAGAAUUCAAACUUAGUAAACACGCUAUUGUGUAAAUUGGAUGAAAACUCAACGGAACCAGAACAAAACGAUUUCUUGUCUUUGGCGAGAGGGAACUUUAUUGAAAAGAAUGUUCAACUCUUAAUGGAGACUGUGGAUGAACUAGGCCAAGACACACAGAAAUUCCAUAACUAUCAACGCAACUCAGCUAGGCAACAGCAGCAGAAAGAUGCCUAUCUUAUGAAAAGGAAAGCGGAAAACCAAGCGCGCAAAGAACGAGGAGAACGACCAUUACCUGAGGAGGACCUGUCAAAAUUAUUCAAGCCACUGCAAGUUCCCUCUCGACUGGAUAACUUGUUGUUGUCUGGACAGGCAGAAAAUUAUUGUAAUGAAAUCAAUGGGUUUGCUUCAGAAAGUUUUGCUAAACUUUUCCUUUCUGAGGCACUCCAAGAUGCAGCUCAAUGAUCUCCGAGAGAAAUUUACUGAGAAAAAACAUUGGAUUGAUUUAUUUAAAACGUCUUUUCUGGAACAAGCAAUUCUCCUUCAAAAACAGGUAAACUGCCACAGAAAGGGUCAUUGGGUGUACAGGCAACUAAUAAAUAAAUAAAAAAGAUAACAACUAUGGCAUUUAGUAUAU